ACAUGCUAGCAACGAAACCACUACAUGAUAUUUUAUAACACUUUAUAAUCCAAGAGCCAGCUGUUAAGAUUAGUGGCGAUAUAUGCCUAUGAAACCGGAGAUGUAUUUGUUAUUACGAUAUAUCUAUCCUAGUACUAGGGGCGAUGUGGCAGUGGCAUCAUGAACUUGAAGUCGCACGUCGCACGUCGCAACUUGUCUAACCUGUAGCGCUUGGCCAAUAACACACCUCACUGGAAAGUCAGAGCUCGCUCGCAAGUUUUCUGAUAUUUAGUCAGCGGCUUUGCAGUGCUAGUUUUUGUACCUCACAAGCGCACGGCACCUCCAUAGCCAAGGAAUUCUCCGCCCGCAUGGUCCUCUCGGCCGUCCUGCUCGCGGCAGGCAUCACGCUGAUGCUCGUCGUGCACAUCCUCGUGGUCCUCUGGGUGCUGAGGCGGGGCAUGACGGCCCGCGUCGCCGAGCACGCGGAGGAAGACGCGGGCCUUACCGCCGAAGAGCUCGGCGUGCUGCCAUGCCACGACUUCAAAGAAGGCGGCGCCGGCGAGUGCGCGGUGUGCCUGGAGGCGUUCAUGGCCGGCGACCGUUGCAUGGUGCUGCCCCGGUGCGAGCACGGGUUCCACGCCGAGUGCGUCGGCUCGUGGCUGCGCAAGAGCCGCCUGUGCCCCAUCUGCCGGGCCGAGGUGGCCGGCGCGGUGGCCGCCGAGGUCGUCGUGGAGGUCGCUGCUGCCUGAUGCCCGUCGUUGGGUAGUUGGAUGCAGUGUUUGCAGGUGUUUGGUAGGUUCUCUUCUGUACUGUGUACAGCGUUUCUGCAUUUGUUAUGUAUAUAGCCAUCUUGUUGAUUUAGAUGCUCUUGCGAGGAUUUCUGACUGAACAUCGUGGCAAAUCACGAGGCCACGCUCAAGGCCUGUCUAUGCAUAGUUUGGUGUUGUUCAUCGA